UUAUUUCCAAGGAUCAUUCCAGAAUCCCCUCGUUGGUUAAUCGCUAAGAAUCGCCUGGACGAAGCGCAUGAGCUGCUAAUGAAGUACGCAAGGAAAAAUCGAGUGAACGUAGACUCCGAACGUCUCCAUCACGCCAUACGAGAGUUUAAGAAAGAAGAAGACAAGAAUCGGAAUCAGUUUAGGAAAACUUAUGGCAUUCUUGACAUGUUCAGAACACCAAAGCUUAGAAAAAGAACCGUCAUUUGUGGAUUCAACUGGUAAGUCCACCAGGGGGGUACUCCUGGGAAUUCUUGGUGGGGGUGUACCGCGGGGCUCUUUCAAAUCCUGACCUUAUUUCAGACCAAAAAAUGUCAUUUUUCACACCCGUUUUCAGACCAGUGGAAGGUGCCGACCAGUGGAAGGUGACCUUAUUUCAGACCAAAAAAUGUCAUUUUUCACACCCGUUUUCAGACCAGUGGAAGGUGCCGAUAACUUUUCGGGCCCGAAAAGCUGUUGUAUGUAUGCCGUGUUUGCAUUUAAGAUCAAAGUUUCAUUAAAUUUCAAUUAAUUAGCGAAGAAAAACUAACCGAUUUGUAAGCUAGGAACUGUGCUACUAUUUAACAGGUUUUGAUUUCAAAAUUUGCCUUUGGAGCCGAAAAGUUACCGGGCCUUUCGAGAAAUGGGGCGCUGGCCUAUUAAAUAUUACGUCAUCAUAACUUAGAUUAAGACGCCAACAAAAGAAAUCGUAAAAUCCACUUCGAAUUCGCGUAUUUCUUUCUUUCUUAUUCAUUUGGAAUUGAAGUGAUAAAUACUUUCGCAAAAAGAAAGCGGCUCAAAAAAACGAACUUUUUUGGGCGGUCUGUACCUUCACUGUAAUUUUCAGGGAGUUAUAAUAACUCCUCUAGUGGGGCUAAUUUAACUCCUUGGAGUUAUUUCUCGUGGAGUUACUUUAACUCCAAAAAGGAGUUUAAAGAACUCUUUUUCAGGAGUAAAAGUGACCCCAGAUAUUGAGGAGUUAAAAUAACCCCCAAAAAGGAGUUAUCUUGUACCUAAAAUUUUUACUCCACUUUCAGAGUUAAAUUAACUCCAAAAAGAGUAAAAACAACCCAUGUAAGGAGUACAGGUAACCACAUUUCUGAGUAAUUUUAACUCCAGACUGGGAGUAAAAAGAACUCUUUUUCAGGAGUAAAAAUGACCCCAAAUUCGGAGUUAAAUAAGGAGUUAAAAUAACCCCCAAAAAGGGGUUAUCCUGUACCUAAAAUUUUUACUCCAUUUUUGGAGUUAUAAUAACUCCCUAAAAAUUACGGUGUUUCUGGCUUAUAUUUAACAAUUAUUCCUCGAGCCCGAAUGGGCUAUUGGGACAUUCACUCAGAGCCCAUGAAGGCGAGAGGAAGAAUUGUUUUAGUAAAAUCCAACUAGUUGUUUAAAAAUAUCGAGACAGAACAACGUUAGCUAGCAAAACACGAUUCAUGAGCCAUUGUUUUGGUUUUCAAAGCCGUUGCUUUUCGCUGCUAGUGGACUAUAACAUAUAGCCUAGUAGCAGCUCAACCAAUCAGAACGCAGCAUUGAUAAUAGACCACUAGUUGGAUUUUCCCAAAAGGGAGUAUCCCCCGGGGUGAGUCCGUAGAAUUGAAUCUCUAAAGGCCCGUUUACACGACCGAAAAAAUUGGAACGGCUCGGAUAAAAAGAUGAACGGCUCCGACAAAAUUCUACGUGUAAACGGUACUUGACCCGUUCCAGUUGUAUCCGUUCCGUUCCUAAAAAGGUCCAUAGGCGGCUAUGGACCCCUUUCGGAACGGAACCGAUAAAAAACGGUUCCGUACCCACAUUUUUUGUUGUCUUUUCAACGUGUAAACGCUCGCCAUUUUUUGGGUACCGUUCUGUUACGUUUUUUAUGAGCCCGUGGUGCCCCACGUCAGUUGUUUAGCGUACGUCACAUGGGUGUUGGAAGAAGAAACUGGAAAGUAUUCUUCGACACUCGAAAGCUAGCAUACCACUGGUCGUCAGAGUAAGUGCUGUAUGUAAGAUCAAACCAAGCGCUUGUUCUUGGAAUUUGCCAGAAGCUCCUUUCGACUGUGAAGUGCGAUACAAGGGCUGUUAAUAGGAGAACCGUAAGCCUUGUUUUUCUCCUAAUUCGGUACAUUUUCUCAGAAGAACUUUGACGAAUCGCACGCGCUGUCAAACGUGAAUUUCGUGUUCUCUUCUUUAGAAGAAACCAGAAAAGUGCUUGUAAACCUGCAUCCAUGAUUGUCGGAGAUACGCACAGUCUACUGUAUGUAUAAGAGCAUAUGAACAACUAAUCGAAGCAGUUUUAUUUAAUUAUCGCGGGCUCUAUCGUUACCGGUCUCGAAGAAAACAACGUGUAAACAGUCUAGUACCCGUUCCAAGGGGCUCUCACGUACCGUGCCUUUUUCUGUCGGGCACAUUACAGAAUUUGUACGUGUAAACAGGAGAUUUCGUCUGGAACCGGUACUUGUUUCUAACCGAGCCGUUCCUUCUCUUUUAACGUGUAAACGGGCCUUAAGCAUAUAGGCAAUUCAGCGAAUAAAUCAAAAGGCCCUAUCUUUUCAUGUCAAACAUUAUGUAAUUGUACCUGGCUACUGGUUAGCAAUUGCGCGUUGGAUAGACAGUAAACCUGAAACCGCCCUCGUUUAAUACUGUGGUUUUUAGGUUAUUAGGUUAUUUGAUUUUCACCCUACCACCCACUCUUAAAGUCAAAUACAGGUCGCGCAUCGGAGAGAAGAUCUGAAGAAAUAUCCACAACUAAACGCAACUGUUCAUAUUGCUUUCUUCUUGCAGGUUUGCGAAUGGAUUGGUGUACUUUGGAAUAAGCUUAAACGUGGGAAACUUAGCAGGCGACAUGUACCUCAAUUUCUUUUUCUUGAGCAUUGUGGAAAUUCCUGGAGCAUUGCUACUCUGGUUUUUACUAAAACGGUGGGGCUUAUAUGAUAUUCAAACCGACAAUCGAUCAAUAAUUCUGGGGUGAAUAUACCGUAAAUACUCGAAUUUAUAUCCGGGGUGCUUGUAUUGAGUCGAGAAGGGGCGCUGCUUUAAGAAGUGCGGCUAAUUGAAGGAUAGCGGUUAUGGUUGGUUUUUCAAAUUUCUUAAAAUGAUCUGGACUGGAUUUCCAGUAGACACAAACUGAAACAGUAAACUAGAAGUUAUCUGUAAGGAAAAACACAAAUAAAUGUGUUAAUGUCCCUUCGAAAGUUCUUCUUCCUCCUGCUAGUACUCUAGUUUUUUACCAUAUAUUUGGUGAUUUUAUUUUCUAGGGGGAGGGUUGGGGGACGCGCAUUUAAGGGGUCACUAAAUCAAAAUAGCCUCCAUGGGGAAAGAGAACGCUAACUGGAGCAUUUAAGGUUAAAAUUAGCAGCUAACGCCUCCAUUACAAUGAUGAUAGAAACUGUUCAUAUCACCACGGUUGUCAAGGGAACAUACAUCUUUUUUUUUAAAGGGAAAGUACUACUAACAUCACGUGAUCAUCAUGUGAUCACUUUCAAAGUAAUUUCAGGCUGUUAAGGUUUCCCAAUGUUGUUCUUGGGUUCCUUAAGAACUAACUACGUUAAUUGUUAAUAAGAAUUUAUCAAUGGCACUUAAAAUAACCUUUAGUAAUUUACGUUUCAAACGAGAAUAGCGGAGCUCCGGCGCGCGAAGCGCGCCAGCGGAGCACCAUGGGUAAGAAAAUUUGGUAAACCAUCCGUCCGAAAACAUUUGGUUAUGACGUAGCGUACGCCCGUACACUCUUUGCGGGGGAGGGAAGGGAAUCAGGUGUCAGCCCGUCCGGGGGAAGAGUAUGUUAGAAAUCGCGCGAUGCAUUUGUGAAACCCACCUUUUUCUUGGCGGGAAAUCGCGCAAGAAAUGGCGUGGCUGUCGUCGCGUUCAAAAACAUGUUUACUACUUCAUUGCAUAAGUAUUUUGUGACCGUAGUGCUCAGUUUCUAGUAAACUGUUUCGAAAAAAUUGUUAUGGCAACAAACAAUACAAACAAAAUGAAAUACAGCAGCUAUCAACAUUCUUUUGUUAUUCUUGUCUGGCUUGUUUACUGGGUUGCGGUUGAGAAAUGCGCCGCACGACAAAAGAAAUCGGGAAUCAUCGUUUUCAAAAAUAAGCCACUCUUAGUAAGCUUACUUCGCCUUGCUGGACUAUGAGAAAAGUCUUAAGCGAUUCUGGCCUUACUUGAUGGGUUUCCGUGCUGCAUCUCGACCGGUAAGCUUGAGUAAUUUUAUUGCAUUUUAUGUGUUUUCUUCGUAGUUACUAAAACAAGGAAUGACCUACAAAGACCUACAAUGACCUACAAUGACCUACAAUGAUCUACAAUGAUCUACAAUGACCUACAAUGAGCUACUAUGACCAAACGUGUAAUCCCUGUAAUGAGCUAAAAUGAAGAUUUUAGAAAAAGACAAAAAAAAAAGAUCAGGGGACGUGUGCGUAAACGUAACGCUUUUAGUCUACUGCAUGACAGCCCAUUUAACGAUGACAGCAUCUCUAAUUAUUACGCUGGGAGAUAAAUUUACAGUGUAAUAAUACAUGUAUGAAGAUACUGUGACUGUUGUCCAAACCAUCCCUUGCAACCUUUCGCAUUAGUUUUAUUUUGUCUUGUCUUUUUUUCAAACAAAUUGAACAAACACAGUCACCCCAACAGUCGAUCCGGGGGGAUCUUCAAGGGACGUAAGGGUAGAGGUGAACAAAGAAGGCCUUCAAAUUCUGACCCUGUUUAAAAGAAAAAUUGUUCAUUUUUUUUAAGUACCCUGGCCNAUUGAACAAACACAGUCACCCCAACAGUCGAUCCGGGGGGAUCUUCAAGGGACGUAAGGGUAGAGGUGAACAAAGAAGGCCUUCAAAUUCUGACCCUGUUUAAAAGAAAAAUUGUUCAUUUUUUUUAAGUACCCUGGCCUGUAUAAGACAUCAUAAGACCCUUUAAAUGGCUUCUGGUCCAAUGAGGAUGCUCUGUUUGUAACGCUAAAUAGUAAAAUCCAUAUCCUGCUCAGCGGCCCAUACCCAUCUAGGCCAAAUGAGGAAGUGCCUACAUGACUUCCAUCAAUACAGGGUAUAAUAGUGCUAUACCGGUAAAAACGCGAUUGCAAUAAUCUAUUUUCAAGUUUCUCAAGUUACCUAAGAUCAGGCACAAUUUUUGUUUUGCCUUUUCAAAAUGUGCUUGGCAAUUUAAUACCAUGAAGCCUAGUGUCACGUCCAAGUGUGACACACGACAAACAUCAUUGUCUGUCAUUUUGUAGCUCAUUGUAGGGCUUAUUUUAACUCAUUUUAGCUCGUAGUAACUCAUUGUAGCUCGUAGUAGCUCAUCGUAGAUCAUUGUAGGUCAUUGUAGGUUAUUCCUUGUUUUAGUAACUACGGUGUUUUCUUUUUUCAUGUUUAUGCCGUCAUUUAAGCACAUUUGUAAGGUUUGAAUCAUACAAUUUAUCUGACGUAGUAAAGAACUCAAAAGGUCUUUAGACAUUUUCUGACCGCGACUAGAAGAAAAAGUUCUGAAAAAUAGUUACUUAUCCUAUUGUUUGUUAAAAGAAAACUGAGCGAUAUUCUUACCUGGAGUUCAUCUUGCAAAAUAGCAAACACGGCGGAGGCGGCUAUUCGUGACUCAGGAUUUUCAGAGACACUUUACUCUCAAAACACGUCUUCGGGAAUAAAAAUUGUUGACCUUUAAAUUUUUCUUUGUAUUAUAUCUCUUGUCUUGAUUGUUUGUCAAGAUACCGUUCUUACAUGAUCGCUUUGCUAGUUGUUGUUAGUCGUCCGUGAUCGCGUUGGUCACGCUCUACGUCCAAUUUUUAUGCUCUGAUUGGUCAAAAUUUGACAGGUUUUAUGCAGAAAAUUUAUGCAGCAUCUUGAAGCUUGUUUACUGUGACAGCUGAAGCUGACAGAGUUUUGUGUCAACUUGUGAUGUUUUUAACUGUCCUUUUUCUACUGGACGUAUGAAAUGAAAUUCAACUGCUAUCAAGAGUCUUCUGUUAUUCAUGGCUAGUUUGUUUAUUGGGUUUUUGGUUGAGAAAUACGUCGCCUGUCAAAGUCGGAAAUCCGAUUUCGGAUGGCAUCGAUUCGUUUUCAUUUUUUAACUUUGCUUCAUUAAAAAGUCUGAAGCGAUUCUGGCCAUACUUGAUAGCUUCCACGAGCUGCAUCUCGAAUGGUAAGCCUGAGUAGUUAUUGUAUUUGUGUUUGUUUUUUUAAUAUAUCUAAUUUUAUGAAGCCAGCGCAGUUUAUGAGGCUAGUUUAUGCAUGUUUGAAUUAAGAUUUGAGAUAAUGAUCUGACCCAUAGUAUGAGGUUUGAUUUAAGCUUGCAGAACUUUAAAAAGUCUUUAGUCGAUAUUUUCUCACCGCAAAUAGAAAAAAAAAAAAACUUGCGUUUUUAUUUUGGCUGUAGAAAGAAAGCUUUGAGCAAUUUUGUCGCCUCGAGUUCAUCUUUGAAAACAGCAAACACCGGGAAGCCGGCUUAAACUUAAGCUUUAAGCAUAAAGACUCGUGAUUCUUAGAAACACUUUAAUACUUAAUUGUCUUCGUGAAUGAAAAUUGUUGUCUCUGUAAAUGUUUCACCGAAUUAUAUUUCUUUUAUCGAUUGUUAGUAGUCUCUCUUGCAAUUUGCCGUUAAUGUUUUCAGUCGUUCAUGAACAUCGCUUGCAGGAGUAAUCAAAACGUCGCGCGUAUCAAACGCUUUUUAAGUUUACACAUCGUUAUAAAACCAUGAAAUAAAAAAAAUAAUAAACACAAUAAAUUCUUUGUUAUGUUGAAGUGUAACUCUGUUGAGGUUCAUUCAAACACUUAACAGCUUGCAACUGGCUGGCCGUUUUUAUAGGUGAUUUUGGAAUUUUUUUAGCGGUUUCGUUAAAAGCCCACGCGUGCUUCGAUCGUCCUGAAUAUUGAAUGAGUGCAAUUUAUAUUUCAAAAUUGUGAAAUACUGCAUUCUGUCUGAGGUCUGUAUGAUAAAAACAGCGCCUCAUAGUAAUGUUUUACCUCAGACAGUCAGAUGUGAUGUAUAAACAGUAUAAAAGGUUGGUUUGCACCAGUGUUUACACGCCCCCAGAUUUGUUAGCAAGAUUUAUAAAGCAAACUUGUUUAAACGGAAAAAAUUCCGCCGGAUUUGCUUUCCAAGUAUUUGUUUUCCAGGCCUAAUCUACUGUGAUGAAGAGCCAUUAUGGCCGUUAAGUGUGAUCGAAGAUGAUUGCUAUUUUUUGGGUGUACAUAUAAAGGUCAUCAACUCGAUGUAUCCCUCAAAACAAAAGUCACAUGAAUGUGCUCUAAAGUGAACUGAUUUGUGGAAUACAAGUUUAUUGUUUGAUUUAAAUUACAAAUUUAUUAAUGAGAGCGUCGCUUUUAGCCCUGGCUAUAUCUAUAUAUUAUUAUUUUCUGACCUGUAAGUCAAUCCUCCGUGUAAGUUCCUGUCAGUGAAAAACAUGUCGGGCUCACCUGAAUUAGACUUAACCGAUGGUACGCUUAUUUUUAUCACCCUUGGAACCAGCCUCAUCCAUCAUCCGUUCUUCUCACGUUUUUACUUAGCACGUUGGUUAUUACUUUGAGUGUUCAUUGGUUGCAGUGUUUGCCAGUAUGUGUUUACUCAGUGAGUGGCGAGAUGAAUGCGAACAAUAACCCAGUUUACUGUUAUUCUCUCCAGAUAUGGUCGCCGUAUACCGUACGCUUCCUUCAUGAUCUUUGGAGGACUGGCAGGAACUCUAGUAUCGGCCGUUCCAUCGCAUGAAGGUAAAUAAAGGCCUGCGCAAGCGCCGUCUCACUUCGAUUCGGCGAAAACUAAAUUCAGUCAGUUGACGCACGAAAUAUCGCCUAUACCGCUAGCCUUUGCAUUUGCUCUUAGGGAGUAAAAGCCAACUUUGCCCUAAUACGUCAAAGGUGAAUAACCUUAGUUUUUUUUUCAUCGUUAAAUGUAGAUCAGAACAUAGAGUUGGCUUAGACUUGCGCCCGGGGGGGGGGGGGAGGGUACUCCCGUCAUAUCGCCUAUAGGGGGAUUUUGUGCCGCUGGACAGGGUAUGGUUUUCGUUCUCUCUGUCCUAAACAGGUGAUAUAAUUUCGCACGAGUCUUUCCUAAACAGGGUUUUGUAAUUUCGCGCAAGUCUUCCCUAAACAGUGUGCAUGAUUUGUGCGAGUCUGUUCUUGUAUUAAAAUUGAGGGAGUUGCCCUAAACCGGGUACAAAAAUUGAGGAUGUCUUCCUAAACAGGGUCAGGGUUUCAAACCCUCAGCGGCUCACCCAUACCCAAAUAUUGGUCGAGUACCCCCCCCCCCACCCCCCCGGGAGUUGUGCAAAGGUACUUAAAGCUCGCGUCAAAGGUAUUAUACCUUUGCCAUGCUUUUCUACCUUUUUUAGACCAACUUUUUGGGAUAAUAUAUUAAAAGUAGUAUAACCAAAGGCACCACUAAACCAAUCCCCGAUUUUAGUUCUCCUGCUUUUUUAAGCCAAGCGUCAUUGGUUAAGAAAGGAGGGAGCCGGCUGCGGGUGCAGCUUGUUCCUUUUCCAGAUAAUUCAUAUCACUUCGUAGAAAGCGGAGUGCCGAAGGUCAGCUAAGGUCAUUAACGUGGAAGAGGUUAGUCUGAAAAAGCUGUGACUAGUUUUGACCCCAACUGCUGGCGUGCCGUCGUGGGUUGCGCACCUCUUUACAGCAAAACCUUGUCUUCUCUCUCUGGACAGUCAUUAAGUAUGGUCCGAUUGCACAAACUGGGAGUUUCUAAAGAUUUCCUUCAAUAAAAAACAUCGUAAUUGACACAAAGCAAGCAAUUACCUCACGUGUGAAGCCAACAGGGCUACAUCAACCAGAAUGCAGCGACACAUCGGGGAAUUUUUCAUUGGCGCCGGCAGUAAAGUUCAAAAAAUUUGUAAGAGAAUUAGUGGUGUGUGUGUGAUAACAAAUUUUAAAAAAGCGACCACCAGCGCGUACGUUUUUCUGUUUUACGCGCUUUUAAUUCCUCUGGCUAACUACCAGCAUAUGGGCUUUGUAGAGGAGGGAUCAGUAGAAUGAUUUGAAACAGAAAUCUCUUCGUUACGGUUUCUACAAGUAUUAUCGAAUUUGCUUUGAAAGUUGGCUAUUUACUUUGCAAAAUGGAAGCUGUUCUUUAGGUGGAAUAUUUCGAUGAAUAAGGGCCUGUUUACAUGGAGGUGGGGGACCCCAGGUGGGUGAGGUAACCUGCUUAGGUGGGGUAACCCGCCUGUCCAUAUAAUCUCUCAUUUUAAUUUCAUCACGUUUACAUGAUAUGUGGGGUGACCAUAUAAGAGAUUAUAUGUACAGGCGGGUUACCCCACCUAAGCGUGUUACCUCACCUACCUGGGGUCCCCCACCUCCAUGUAAACAGGCCCUAAAUCGGCUAACUUCACCGCUAGCAUAUAUCAGGAUGGCUUCUGGAAAUUUCCUUAUGUUUGUACAGACCCUCUUAGUUCCCCUCCCCCCUACCUGUAUAUUGAUGAACUGAGUCAGUCACUCAAUGAAUUAACAUAUUACGUUUUCUUAUGGUUUCUAAGAAUUACAGUUCAUUGUUACGAUUCUGGCUGUCAUUGGCAAAGCUUGCAUCUUCGCCACGUUCUUGGGGAUUUAUGUUUUCACUGCAGAAUUAUACCCGACAGUCAUCAGGCAAGUAAACCAUCCAACUUUGUUGCAUUAUAACAGGCUAUUAUCUGCACUUCAUGAAAUAAAAAAUGUAGGUGUUAUUUGACCGAUAGCUACAACUGAUAGCUCUUGCAAUGACACAAAAACCUUACCUUCUUUGGUGUAGACAUAACCUCAGAUUUACAACAUUCCUUUACAAGUAAAUGAAAUUUCAAUAAACUUUAAAAGUGAUAGGAAAAUCUUAUGGCCUAGCUAGCUUUCUCACGUUUUUUCGUGACGUCAUAUCACGCCUACCAACGUUUUUGCAUGACGCCACGUCCGCCAUAUUGGUGUUCCAAAACAACAACAAACGGCGGCCAUGUUGUUGUUCCAAGUCAAUCCCGUGGGAGCUGAACCUUAUCCUUUCGUAGAAACGUUCUUUUGUUUACGUUCUUUUCCAACAAAUUAAACGUUGAUUCUGGAUAAUAGCGCAACCAAAUGUAAACAAAAUAUUUUCAAAUGAUGACACAGAAUUUAAAAAAAUAGACAUAAAAAUCUUUGUGCGAGAAUUUCACGCUGUUUCAAUUUUAUUUGUAACAAAACACAGCUUAUGGAAAGUUUUGUCAGUGAGGGUUGUUUAAAAGACAAAAAAUGGUUUUGUUUUCUAAAUUUUAAAACAGCAGUUGAGUCGUUGGGCAAUCUCAAUCCAUAUAGUUCUCAGUGUUAUUGAUAAGCGGGUUUUAUUAAUAUAAAUGGCACUUUUCCUUUAUUGUAGGAAUACUGGCAUAGGUGUGGUUUCAAUGAUGGCUCGUGUUGGCAGUAUGAUAACGCCAUUCAUCGUUUUAUUGGUUUGUAUAUUUAACAUUAUUCCUCGAGCCCGAAUGGGCUCUGAGUCAGUAGCCCAUGAGGCCGAAGGCCGAAUGGGCUAUUGACUCAGAGGCCAUGAGGGCGAGAGGGGGGCUCGUAGUAGGAUGUUUUUUUUUUUUAAGAUGGAUGGGCCUAUGAUUGGGGGGGGGGGAUAUAAGUAGAGGGGGGGACUUAAGCUACAGUUUAACGUAUCCUGCAUCGACAGGCAGUGUUUCUUUUUUCAAACAGGGAAGGCUUAUUCAUUUAGCGAUAAUUCGCAAUUGUUUUUCGUUCAAGGCUGACCUUCCAAACGUGAGCAAAACUCUACCGCUGGUCAUUUUUGGAAUUUUUGGGAUUCUUGCGGGUAUUUUGGCGCUUUGGCUUCCGGAGACACUUCACAGUCCCCUGGCCCAGACAGUAGAACAGGUGGAAGCGUGGGACGAGGACUACAAGAUAUAUUGUUGCAGAAGCCAUAGGUCCGCGAAGGAAGAAAUAAUCAUGGAA